AUGACUGUUUCAAGCAAUACAAAACCACUACAGAUCAUAACGGGUUUCCACGAGAUUUCGUCGUCUAUUUUGAGUCCGGGCUCUAACGACGACCGGCAAAGACCCCAAAACCAUUCGGGCCUCAGCUUCUUGUCCACACAACUGAACUUCCAGCCCAUGUGGCCAUUACAUCGCGCGCACCGGCAUAUAGUCCACGCGUACCUGUCAUCACAUGUCAUACUCGUUAUAAAUGUAUUCUUCAAAUGUCAGCAAAACAAGAGUCAAUACCCGGGAAACCACGAGAAUUCGGCUGAUGACCGACCAAUGAGCACAAUAUUCAUAGUCUUUGAGACUGUCAUCAAUUCGUGA